ACAGUUUCCCAAGAGGACUAGUCCCCUAUCAGGCUCCCUCCAUACACAUUCACACACACACACACACACACACCCCAGCACAGACAGCUGCAGCACUGAUCAACAACCAUGGCUGUACGGGACGCUGGAUUUCUGCUCGUCGGACUCCUGGUCCUCUUUCACACCUGGGGAGCAUGGGCCGCUGUGGAGGUGAACAUGGAGGACAGAGUGGAGGUGUUCAGGGGCGAAACAGCUCAGAUCGCCUGCAUGUUCAAAUCGGAUGACGGCAUCGGCGGCACGACCAUAAAGUGGUUCUAUACGACACGGUCAGGCGAGAGGCAGAACAUCUACUUCCAGGACAGCACCAUGAAGACUGUACACCGAGGCACACCGUUCACUGACCGGAUCAGUGUGAACGGUACCGGAGCCAGUGGAGGAGUGGUGUUGACUAUCAACAAUGUGAGGCUGGAGGACGAACUGGAAUUUAUCUGUUUCAUCAAAAGUCUGACGGAUGGGGAUGGGGAGGGACGAACAAAGCUCAAGGUGUUUGAAACACCAGCCCUCCCUACCAUUGAGGUUGUUCAAACAGGCUUCUCAGUCAGUGAAGACAGCCCGUCCAAGAUUGGAGUCUGUGAGGUCAAAAAUGGCUUCCCCAAGCCGAACAUCACUUGGUACAGAAACAACACGCCACUACGCAGUAAUCAGGAUGUGGUGCUCACUACCACUAUGGAAUCCAGUGGUCUGUACUCAGUUAGGAGUGAGCUGAACAUGAAGGUAAUGAAGGAGGACAAGGAUGCUCUGUUCUACUGCGAGGUCAACUACUUUGUUCCUGGAGGAACCAGGAUGACAGAGACCAACCGUAUUAACAUCACUGUAUACUACCCCUCUACAGCCGUAAGUGUGUGGGUGGAGUCACCAAAGGGCAAAAUCAAGGAAGGGGACUCAGUCGAGCUUCACUGCCAUGGAAAUGGAAAUACUGAAUCCUCCAUGUCAAUCACGCAUGCAGGCGUUGAACAGACUUUAGACUCCAAUAUGUUGGUGUUGAAUAAUGUGACCCGUCUGAACAGUGGAGUUUACCAGUGCAACUCUCUGGACCUGGAAACUUUUGAAACCAUCUCGAGAAAUAUCACAGUAUUCGUCAACUAUCUUGAUCCUGCUGUGGUGAUUCCUGAAGAUACUGUUGUGGUGGAUCAAGGAGAGGAGCUGAAGGCCACCUGCAACGCCCUCUCUUCUCUUCAGACACACACAGCCUGGUUUAAGAAUGGAGAGGAGGUAUUGAAAGGUCACACUUUGAUCGUGAAGGACGUUACAUUACACACAGCAGGGACGUACGUGUGUAUGGUUACUGUUCCUGAGAUCAAGGGGAUGGAGACCAGUGGCACACUUCGUGUUAAUGUUAUGGGCACACCAGAGAUCGUGAAGCCAGAUAACACGGAGAUAGAGGAGAGUUUUGAGAAGUCCGUGGAACUGAGCUGCCUUGCCAGAGGUUUCCCAGCUCCCAGCAUUACCUGGACCACAUCUGAUGGAAAGGUCCUGAAGGCAGAACCCCAAAAACAGAUGGAGGACAGUGUUCAGAGUGUGGUCAGAGUCAAGGUCACCUCUGACCUCACUGUUGUCUGCAGUGCCUCCAACAAGUUCGGUACUGACGCGAUGACCUUCAGCAUCAAAGCCACUACACAGACCACCACACAAGCCACCACAUCCACUACUACUAGCACUUCCAUUUCCUCUGCCACAGUUAAAACAGAAACAGUUGUCCCACCAGAGAAAAUCAAAAAAGAGGGCAGUGGUGUUAUCAUUGCAGUCAUCAUUAUCUGCAUCCUGCUGCUGGCCAUCUUGGGGAGUGUGCUCUACUUCCUCUACAAAAAGGGCAAGAUCUGUGGCCGAUCUGGCAAGCAGGACCUCACCAAAGAGAAGUCCAACAAAGAUAACAUCGUGGUGGAGAUGAAGAGCGACAACACAGAGGAAGCGAUUCUCCUCGGGGUCAACGGAGAAAAACAACCUCCCAGCGACCAGUAAAGGGUGGUGAGGACCUGGUCGUGCAAAAGUGACGAGGUGACUUCAGACACACAACAGCUGCUCCUGUUCUUCCCUCUCAGCCUCAGACCUUGCUGAAGCCUUCGAACCUCCACCAGAGCUCCUUAUCCCAGCGUUAUGUCAUGGAGAAGCUCAGUUGUCUGUCAGUUAAUGUCCUGAUGGACGGCUGAGACUCAGAUCAUUCCAUGCUGCAGCUUUUGCUUACUGUCCUUUACGUCCCAGCACACAUCUCUUGGAAUGCACCUCAAGCUUUAAUUAGGAGUGAUCUCUCUAUGACAUAAUUCUGCUAAUUAAUCAUUCACCUUCAAACCAAAGAGCCUUGUAAACUGCUGAUCGUCUGUAGAACAAUUAUUAGAGCACAAAGUUGACCAGGGACUUUUUUUUUAUACCUGAUUAAGCAUCACCUCAGGCAAAGCAAUCACUGAAGAGAAGUAUGAAACAGCUCUUUAUUAAGUGUAUAUAUUAUAAUCUGUGUAUAUAUUUCUUUAUUUAAAAUAACACAAUUAAAAAAACCAACCAAAAAUAAAUGACCAGAUAGUGUUAUAUUUUGUUCUGGUGCUCUUUAUAGAGAGCAGGAAGAGUUAGGUAGUUUUAGCUAUCUUGUUUCUAUAUAUAUAUAUAUAUAUAUAUAUAUAUAUUUCUUUUUUUGUCUGUUUUCUGUUUUGCUUAAGUCUGUACACUGAAAUUAUUGGGACGCAACGAUGCCUCCCUCUACAGCCAGUUCCAGCCUUGGCCAAAAAUUUUGCCCUUUAGCUCUGAACACAGACUUUUAGGUCAUUUAAUCACGUUAUUCACGUUUGUUUUUUUUUUCUCUACAGCUAACACCCCUGUCUUCACACUCCCCUGUUUGUGAAUAUUAAAGAAAAUAUUUUUGCGAGACGGGUGAAUAAUCUGUUCAGGAUUUGACAUAGAAGGGUUAACAUUAUUUGUAGUUCUCAUUACUUUACCGUUUCUGUCCUUCACAGUCUAGUUUUGAUAUAAUGUGUGUGUUUGAGUUCAAGUUUUGCCAACAGUCAGAUUAAAAAGCUGCAGUUGCCUUAAAUUACAUUCAUGUUGGAACUCCACAUUUUGUACUUAGUUGUGGUUAUAUUUAAUGUUCAGUGCACUGAUUUCUCUGUUGUUACUCUUCAUGCAGUUGAGUUGUUUUGUUUCUCUAAUGUGAAACCAUUGUUUCUUUUCAUGUGACUGUUUGUGGAAUGAAAAGUAUUUCUGUUGUGACUUUUAUUUCUUUUUUUGGGGUAGAACAGAUUAUUGGUCCAUGGUAAAUAUGGUUCACAGCAUGAAGUCGACCUCUUUAAAGGAAAAGACACAUCUCUGUUGAAUGAAUGAAUUAAUUCAUGUGUUGACUGACACUAAUAAUCUGUUGGAUCAGAGACACAUACAGAAUCCCCCUCAGAGGUCAUUUGCCUUAAAUUGACACCCACUCCACAUUUAAAUGUAGUUUCAUGUCGACACAUUAUUAACAUUGUUCCAUGACUUCUGCUGAGGGGGGAAUGACUGUGACUCCACAUAUGCAAAUCAAGUUGGAAGACAAAUCAAGGUGCUCUGUGCAGCUGUCAUACUUACCCAACCUAUCCUCUCUUAGUCUGUCAUCUGUUUCUGCUGUUUACUACCCAUGUUAAAUUGUUUGGUAAAAUGCCUUUUAAUGCCUUGUAAAAUUAAUGUCAGUGAUGGCAUUCAAACCAAUUUACCAACAAAUUCAUUGUUUGUUGUUUUUGAAAAUUAUACCAAAUAAAGAUUGACUUAAAAGAAAA